AUGGCAGACCAAGCAGAACAGUUCAAGCAGGGCCACAGCAUUCCUGUGACCAAACAGAGCUUCCCUGGGAAGGAGUCUGAGAUGCCCGACCAGCCAGAGCCCCAGCGGACCUACCUUCCUGGCGAGGAGGGACAGAAGAUCCCUUACCUCGCCGCUGGGAAGCUCAAGGGCAAGAACGCCGUGAUCACCGGGGGUGACUCGGGAAUCGGGCGGGCGACGGCGAUCCUCUUUGCUGAGGAGGGAGCCGACUCGCUGAUCGCCUACCUCCCUGACGAGGAGAAAGACGCCCAGGAGACCAAGAAGGCGGUCGAGGCACUUGGCCGCAAAUGCCACCUCUUCUCGGCGGACCUCUCAAAGCAGGAGAACUGCAGGAGGCUGGCCGACGAGGCAGUCCGGACCUUUGGCGGCAGGAUCGACAUCUUGUUCAACAACGCUGCUUACCAGAUGAUGGUUGAAGACAUCCAGGACCUGCCAGAGGAGCAAUGGGUGCACACGUUCAACAUCAACAUUCACUCGUUCUUCUACCUCUCCAAAUACCUGCUACCGCACAUGAAGUGGGGUAGCACCAUCAUCAACAACGCCUCGAUCAACGCAUACAUCGGACGCCCAGACCUGCUGGACUACACGUCCACCAAGGGCGCCAUCGUCUCCUUCACCCGGGGACUGAGCAACCAGUACGUCCGCAAGGGCAUCCGCGUCAACGCGGUGGCCCCGGGGCCGGUGUGGACGCCUCUGAUCCCCGCAACCAUGACCGACGAGGCGCAAGAGCAGUUCACCGCGCCGAUAGGCCGCCCAGGCCAGCCGAGUGAGAUUGCCUCGUGUGUUGUGUUCCUGGCGAGCGCGGACUCGUCGUGCGUGGCAGGACAAACAAUCCACUGCAACGGCGGCGUGAUUGUCAAUGGCUAG